GACCUGGAUUCUUACUCGACAUGGCGCUCGAGAGGCUCAAGGAUGAGAUCGCCAAUUUCAUCAUCGACAAGAAGAUGAUGGGCGGCAUGCUCACGAAGGGCGUCGUGGCGUUUGGGGACGCUGCUGCCUUGGUGUUGCAUAUUAUCGGGCACAGCGACGCGUCGGGCCCCCUCUCCAGGAGAGGAAUGAGGGAAUCCAUCCGCAAGUACGCGGCGGCCGUCGCCGCCUCCCGCGACGACGCUCACAACCUGAGGAUGGAGGCUGGGGCAUUCGAGGUCGACUUGUUCCCGGACGUGCUGAAUGCCUUCGCGAAUGUCCAGCUGAACCCGCAGGACAUGGGCGACAUCUACGCGGCGGUGGGCCCACCACCCGAGCAGCCGAAGGCGAGGCGCUACGUGAGGAGAUCGUUUCCCAGUGCCAGCGCGUCGUCGCGGGCGCUGGCGCCACCGCGGCCCCCAGAUAUCGGCGGGGCCAUCGCGGACGCAUCAGCCGAGGACGGCAUUGUGUCGGUCGCCGCAGCCCCAGCGGCGGCGGCGCGUGGGCCGAUGGUACCAGCCAGCUCUUGCAGCCCCUACCUCGACCUCGACGAGGACGUUUUGGCAGAACGCUUGGAGCAGAGGGACGAUGAGAUCGCGGAGCUCAGGGAAGAGCUCCGAAAGACCAGGCGGAGCAGGGCCCUCUUCAUGGAGAAGGCAGAGGCCCUCCAGGUGCAGCUUUAUGAUGCCCGCCAGGAGGUUGCUACUUGGACCGCGGCCGUUCAUAUCCGACCUGGGCGCAACGUCACUGUGCACGGAGGAUAUACCCUCGCCGUCAGGAGAAACAUUGGGCACGCUUCCACCGCUGCAAGUGCGGCGAUGGUGACGGGGGGUGGGGCUGGCAGCGUCAAGGACCCGAAUACGGUGGUGAGUUACGAACAUCGCGCCGUGGCCGCGAAGGUCGUCCGAUCCCAAGCGUUCUACGACGACACCGUGGGCGACUUGACGGACCAGCUCGAGAUCCACGCGCUGAAAUGUGAUGGGACCAACGCAGAGCCCAUCCAACGGAAGAAAGUGCACGUGUCCAUGAUCCACAGCUCCAUUUGCAACCUCUCGCACGCUGCUGUCGAGACCCAUUCGAUCACGGGCGACCUCCUGCCAAUCGAGGAGGACAACGGCCCCGAGACUCACGCGUUCAUGCUGACCCACCUGCAGUCCGUGGGCUGCCCCGCGUGGAGGUCUCGUGCAGCGGUGCUCCCGCAGGAUAAACCAUUCUUUGCGGCCGUCUACGUCUUCGGAGUAGACGCGGGCCCAGGUAACCAGUGGGCCUUGAAGAAGGUCCGCCAUGACCUGGACGGCGCGCCAGCCCGCGUUAUGUUUUGCGCGGUCUUCUGCUUCAUGCACCAGCUCCACCUCGUUGUUAAGGACUUGCUGGACCGCGCGGAGGGCUUCGACUGGGGGCCGCUCACCGACGGCAGGCGCUACUGGGGCACGGUGGCGACCGUCGCCAAUGUGUGGCGGUCGUGCGGGGCGCCGACUCGCAUUCACCAGGCCGCCAUGGACAUCCCUGGGGGUGGUCCAGACGUCGCGCACAACUUCUUCAGGAAGACGCCUGGUCGGCCCCUGCGCGGCCGAUGGGGCAGCGUGGCGGGGGUGGAGCAGCUGAUCAUUGACGCCGAGACCUUCAUCGGCGCAGUCUUCAAGAAGGUCUUCGGUAAGAACGAGGACGAGGAGGCCGCGCACAGGCAGCAGCAGGGCGACUGGAGGGGGACCGCGGUCAGGAUGACGGGAGACUCCAUGUGGCUCGCCAUGGUUCACAUAUCCUGCACCGUGAAGGAGCCCCUCACGACGUACCUGUACUCCUCGCAAAAGAAGAAGGGGGAGUACGAGAAACGGGCACACGCUGCCAAGCCUGCUGCGUUCAUGGGGCCGACCCCGCUGUCGCACUUGGUUGCCCGCGAUGGGGGCGGGGCGCGCGUCUACCGCGACCUCCAGGCGCUCUUCUCGGACGAUGCACAAGGCGCUGGUGGUGUUUGGGCGCCUGUGCGGGGGCUACUUCCUGAUGGCACCGAGCCCCGCGCCCGACUUCUCAUUGUGACGCUCGGGUUGAGGGCGCUGGCGGGUUGGUCGGCCAGGAUUAUGAAGCGCAUUGGGGAAUUCCCGCUCUUGCUCCUCCGAGUGCUGGACGACCCGCGGGACGAAGACUCGCCAGACCGCAGGGGACUUGCAGAUGCGCUGCUUCGGCGGGACAGGGGUGCCUUGGUGAGUUGCAACGGCGACAUCGCGGCAAAAGUCCGCGAUUUGUUCCAGGGCGACUGGGAGGACAUGCGGGUCUCUGGCAAAUGCAGCGCCAAGCUCCACACCUUCUUGCUCAUCUGGAGGAGCCGCCUGCCACAUGAUACCCAAGACCUGGAAGGCGCGAACUCCGUGCUGCAGCGCAUGGCUAAGUUGGCGCCGAACCUCCACAUCCCGCUGGCCUCUGACCGCCUCCGCCUGAAACUGGGGACCCCCAUCUUGGCUGCGGACUGCGUCGCCCUCCACCCAGCCGUCAUGGACCAUUUCGGCAAGCAGGAGUUCGCGGACAGAUUUCUUCCACUCGUGGUCGCAGAUGGCCCAGCCUUGGAUGCCCCUCCGCCGCCGCCCGCGCUUCCGCGGUACGACGCAGCCGUUCGAGCUGCAGCCAGAUGCGCCCACGCCGCGGGGUCGCUAAUGCCGAACUACGCGGACACGGCGACAGCUGGUUUUUUUCACUUAGACCGCCCAGUGCGCAUCGCCUCGCUGGUGGAGGUCAUCGGGGACAUGGCGAUGGUCGGCAAGGGCAAGGGCAAAGUGGGUGCCGCCGCGCCCUUGGCAGUGCGGUCGGGCUCCCUGGAAUGGGUGUCGCUGGACCGCGCUCGGUUUGCCGAUGAGAUCGUGACGGAGGUCAAGCCGAAGCCGCCGAAGAGGAGCAGAGACGGCGAGGUCGACGACGGCGGCCUGGAAGACUUCGUGGCAGCAGCGAUGGGGGACGUCAUGGAAGAUGACGUCGAUGAGUACGCGGGCCCCGUCGGCGGAGGCGGCGCAGACGACGGCCUGGGCGGCCAUCCAGAGGAUGAGGAGCUCGACGGAGAGGGCCACAUCAUUCCCGAGCCAGAGGAA